CGCAGGGAAUCCGGCGGCGGCUGCCAGGGAUCCGGGAGCAGAGGCAUGGUCCUCACCAGGUCUUCCCGGCGUGAGGCCGGGGUUUCAGGCCCUUCGGCCGGAGGACCCCGACAGAAGAAUUCUUCUGCUGAAGAAAUUCCAGCACAUGCAAAAAGAAGGAAGGAACCUAGUUAUGAUGGCCUUACUGCUGAGGUUACAAAGAGCGCUGGGAAACAAAGUUCAUCUAACAGAAACAGGCAGAACAAAACUUCAGGCUUACAGACAGAGGUCAUUGAAUUGUCUACAGAUGGAGAGACCUCUGAAGCCGAAUCCAAUUGUUCUUCUGUGUUUGAGGUCCAGGAGCCCAUUGUAAGAAUAACUAGGAGAAGGCAGAUCAUAAUUGCAUCUUCUCCAGGUUCCAGUGUUAGAAAGAGAAAGAAAAUAGCUUCAAUAAAAGUGCCUCUUACUGAAGAAAUAGUCUCCGACACAGAGUCUCAUGCUUCAUCUACUUCUAGUAUAGUGCCUUCCACAGAAAUAAGGGCUAAAUCUAGAAUAGAUCCAAGCCAAGAAGCACAUACAGGAGCUGUAUCUGAUGCUGAGUCAUCAUGCUCAGAUAUUUUAUUCUCUGGAAAUACACCAAGGACAGCAAUCAAGAAUAUGCAGAGAAACUUACAGGUACAAAUAGAGAAGAAAGAUACUAAGACUAUAUCCCAAAGUGAAAAACAAAUCAUGGAUACAUCUAUGAGUUCAAAGGAUCUAGAUACCAAGAAUACCUCUCAGUUAUCAACAAGAGCACUUUCUCAGAUAAAUAAGCCAAUUGUCUGUAAUGAAACAGAAGAAAAACAGGCCAAUGUUGUCUCUCUUAAAGAAAUAAAGAAUUUGAAUGAAGAGGACAUAGUAGUGAUAGAUGAUGAAAAAGAAAUUAACAAGAAAAUUUCUCAGAUGAAGAACCUUUCUAAUCUUCAGAAAACUAGCCUUCAGCAGUUCAGUUCUCAAAUGCAUUCAUCCCCCUCAAAAAACAAAACCAUAGUAAAGCCCUCCAAUCAGAACUGUGAGGCUAUAAUGAAAUCAUUAGCUCAAAAAUUUGCAGUUGUGGAAGUGGACAGAUGGAAUGAAGGAAAAAAAGGCAACAUAAAAGGAAGUGACUUGACCACAUUCAGUGAUCUUGGUGGUAGUGAUAAAGAUGAAGAGGUUAUAGGUGUAGAUGGUGGUGGUACUGGUAAAGAGGAUGAGUUGACAAUUGUAGAUGUCAGUGAAGACAAGAAUAGCAAAGGGGAUGUAGAUCUUGAAUGUGAUACCACAUUGUGUAACUCUGAGCUAAACACGUCUCCGGAUAUUGGGGAUUCUGUUUUAUUAGUUCUCAGCAGUGAUGAAAGCCAGCAAUCUGAAAGCAGUGACAAUGAAGAGGACACUCUGUGUUUUGUUGAUAAUUGUGACCAAAAGGUGUCACCCAGUGGAGACUCAAAAAACUUGUCAUGUGAUAAUGCCUUGUUUGUAAUUGACACGACUCCUGGGUUAAGUGCUGAUAAAAAGUUUUACUUGGAAGAAGAAGAGAAGGCAAGUGAGAUUGCUACUGAGGAAGAAAAAGAAGAGCAGGAAGAGGAUGAAGGCAGUGAAGAAUCAUCAGAUAGUGAUAAAAAUAAAGAUGAUGAAUUUAGUGAUGAGGACGAUUUAUUAAAUAACACGAAGUCUAAACUGUAAGUUUCAU